GUUCGCUCGCGCCGCUGCUCAGGAAUCAGGAACUUCGACGCACAACUCCAAAACGAGACCAAUGAUUCUCAUAGUUCACGGAUUUUUCAAGCUUUAAUCCAUGAAACACCUACCGUAUCGUUUCAGCUGAUUCCAUAUCAACAUCUCACCUCAUCAUGCUCUUCCUCUGUUAUUGACAUUUGACCUCUGGCAGCGAUGGCGGACCGCACUUUGGCUCCAGGUCAGAUUUACAUAGAGGUGGAGCAUGACUAUGAUUACAAAUCCAAAGAUCGUUUGAUCACGAUUAAACAGGGAGAAUGUUACCUAUUGAUAAAGAAAACCAACGAGGACUGGUGGCAGGUGCGCAAGGAUGAGAACAGUAAGCCCUUCUACGUCCCUGCACAGUACGUGCGAGAAGUACGGCGGGCUCUCAUGCCCCCUUCCAAACCCCUCCCGCACACAGUGGCCAGCGUGGGGGCCCGUGGGGGAACCAUUCGGCCUGCUGCCCUGGAGAUCCAGCGAUCAGAUGACAACAGAAAGAGCCCGUGUCCCUCGCCUUCCAUUGGGCAUUCUGCGCUACUUCCUCCCAGGGAUGACAGGGGCAGCCCAAGUAGCCCUACGGGGAUGGUCCCACAUACACAGAUAAACACAUCCCAGGGCUCGCUGCCUCGGACCAGAGCGGAGUCCCCGAGUCACAAAGCGAAUGGAGAGAAGGAUAAAAACAGAGAGUUGGAAAAGAGGGAACGAGGAGUGGAUAAAGGUGCAGUUCAGGAACAGUUGGCAGGAGAGGGUGGUGACUCAGAUAAGAAUCGGAAUGACUCUGAAUCCGGGGAAGAGCUCAGCAACAGUUCCAAUGACAACCUACAGCAGCAAGGUAGGCCUGACUCUCCUGUCUACACAAACCUGCAGGAGCUGAAGAUCUCUCAGUCCUCCACCCCUCCGCUGCCGUCAACCUCUCCGUUCCACACCAAUGGUGACUGGGAGACUCACAAAGACCAGAACGGCAGACACUUCUACUACAAUCGCAGCACGCAGGAAAGGACCUGGAAACCACCACGGGUGCGGGACAGCCUCACCAGGAAAGAGGAGAAACAGGAGACAAAUGAAGCUGAGGCUCUGUCAUCUGAGGAAAACUGUCUGAGCAGCCAAUCAGAUAGCCAGUACGGUUCGCCCCCUAUAGGCUGGUCUGAGGAAACAGAUGAGCAUGGACAUAUGUUUUAUGUGUCUGACUUUACUAAGGAGAAGUGGCUGCGAAACACGGAUGAUCGAGGCCAGCUGUAUUACUACAGUGCAGAUGGCUCCCGGUCUGAAUGGGAACUGCCUAAAGUUGGCCUCAAAUCACAGUCUAAGCACUCCCCUCUGCUGCCAGGCAGCGAAGACAACCACAAAACCCGUAGUCUUGACCGGAGAUUGCCAGAUCCUAUUCCAAUCAGUAGGUCGAGACACAGCACGUAUGCAACGGAGUGCAAUGACAAGAAGUUUAAAAAGAAGUCCACCAAGGACCGGCGAGUCCUCUCCGCAAGUCGCAAAGGCACCACUCGCUCUCACCCCUAUAGGCCACAAGACUCAUCCAAAGCAGGCUCACCUGAAUCCGACUCUUCCUGCCCCUCCUCUCCCAAACCCCCCAACUCUCCUUCGGAGAAAUGUGGCACUUUAAACAUGACUAAAAUCACAGAACAUGGCAAGAAGGUCAGGAAGAACUGGACCUCCUAUUGGACAAUUUUACGGGGUUCUUCACUGCUGUUUAAUAAGAGCCAAGGGGGCGGAAGUGGUUGGUUUGGACGAGAGCAGAAGCUGGAGUUCAGUGUGGAUCUGAAAGGAGGAUCAGUGGAUUGGGCAUCUAAGGACAAAUCCAGCAAGAAACAUGUUUUAGAGCUGAAGACUCGGCAGGGCAUGGAGCUCCUCCUGCAGUCAGAUAAUGACAACUGCAUCAACGACUGGCACAAAGCGCUGACCGAAGCCGUAAACACACACGCAUGGGAGUCUGAUGAGGCCAUUGAAGAGGACAUGCCAGAAUCACCUGACCCUGAGAAACAUGACAAAGACAAAGAGCACAGAGACUCCAAGAAAGGCAGAGCUAUGAAGAACUCCAUCAGCAUGGAUAAUUCAGACCAGAAGCUAAAGAAGACAAAGCUAAAGAAGUUCCUCACACGCCGACCCACUUUACAGGCCGUCAAGGACAAGGGCUAUAUUAAAGAUCAGGUGUUUGGGUCCAGUUUGAGCAGUCUUUGUCAAAGAGAGAAUUCCACCCUUCCUCAUUUUGUGUCACUUUGUAUCGAACACGUGGAGAACAACGGGUUAGGAGUGGAUGGUUUGUACAGAGUCAGUGGAAAUUUAGCCAUCAUACAAAAACUGCGGUUCGCAAUUAACCAUGAUGAGAAGGUGGAUUUAGGAGACAGUAAAUGGGAAGACAUUCAUGUGACCACUGGAGCCCUGAAGAUGUUUUUCCGUGAACUAGCUGAACCUCUGUUCACCUACACUUUCUUUAAUGAUUUCAUCAGCACCAUCAAAAUGGCAGAUUAUAAACAGAAAGUUCAGGCUGUCAAGGAUGUGAUGAAGCUGCUGCCACGGCCGAACCAUGACACCAUACAAGCGCUCUUUAAACACCUGAGGAAAGUAAUACAACACUCAGAUGAGAACAGAAUGACCAAUCAGAGUGUAGCAAUCGUGUUUGGCCCAACGCUCCUGCGGCCAGAGAUGGAAACGGCAAAUAUGGCAGUGCACAUGAUCUACCAGAACCAAAUUGUUGAGCUCAUUCUUAUAGAAUAUGAAACUAUAUUUGGCAGGUAGGUCACACCCACAGAGAACCUUUGACCGAACUCCGCAGGCCAGGACUGCUGAAGACCAGCAGCCCUUGGACUGCCAGUCUGAACAUGUUUUGCUGCGUUUACAUACUGUAGGACAGCACAAUUUAGAAAUAGGUCUACUCAUUUUGGCUUCAGCAAAAAAAAUCAUGUCCAAUAUCUUCAUUGGGCUAAGUGUUGGACCGUUUAUAUGGAUGUAAUACAUAUAUCCGUUCCCAUUGGACUACAUCAUUUUUGGACCGUAAUGGGAUUAAUUGCAUUCUCGUUUGGAACGACGAGGGCAUAUGGAGAUUUUCUGACUGAAAACAGCACUGAUUGAGAAUGAAGUUUGAUGCUUUUAUUCUAGAUUUCCGUUCUGUUAAUAUUACAUUUAAGUCAGAUCUUGGAACAGCACACCGAAUGACUGACACAAUGGACAUGGACAUUAUUAUAUUAUAUAAAUAAUAAUAAAUCUCCACGAUGGAUUACGUUCUGCUCAUGAAUGACCUCUGAAAUGACCACUGCUGAGAUACACUGGAGUUACUGUGUUUAACAUUCUAAGACUUGAGUUUUGGAAUACGCUUAAUCAUUUGUCAGUCUUGAGUUCCUGUUGAUAAUUCAAUAUCAAAGAAAGUUUCUGGACGUACUGCUUUGUUCAUGCUGUAUGUUAGUGUAUGUCGGGUAAAAUUCGGACUGCAUGUGCCCUCUUUCCGCUUUCUUGGAAGGAAAGGAAGUGUGGCACAUUUAACCCCCAGAGGAUACAUCCAACCUGCCUCUGGUCCUCACAUCACCCAAUCAUGCUUAAAAAACUUGUGUUAAAUAUUAGAAUACAGAGCUGUAGACAAAAAGAUCACAGUCAGCUCUGAGAAGAUUAUUUGUUCUGGUGACAGGUACUAGAAUACUUGUGGUACUCUGGUGUAUGUGUUUAUGUGUGUACUUGGUGAGUAAGAGAACAUGGAGGUAAAAUCAAAUGUAUUAAUAUAGAUCAAAAAUGUUUUCAUAAGAAUUCAGAGUUAACACAGAUGGUUAUUAAGUGGCUGUUCUUCAAAGAUUAUGCUGCACUUUGCAGUUUUGUCUAGCCAGAAUAAAUAUAAUAU